CUAAACUUGAUAAUAGAAAAGGGAAAACAAUAUCAAACUAGGUCUAAACUUUCACAGCCAAUAUCUUUGCUAAUCCAUUUUCCAUUGGAUUAUUGAAUAAAUCCAAUUUCUUCAAUUUCAAUGAGACUUUCAGCCCGUCAACCCAAGAUGGUUGAAGCUCCGUAAAUGAGUGGUUUUGGAAAAUUUAAACCCGAAAUGGGCUGAACUGUACCCUGCCAAAUAUAGCAACACUUUUUCACUUUAUUUGAAAAUAUCACAAAGAAAAACGCCAAAAAUAAAAAGGAAUAUUCACUUUCCAAAAGAACCUAACUAGCUUCAAUUCAAUCACCUUUUCGCCAUUCCCUUUUACCCAUACCUGGAGAAAAUGGACAGAUAAUGGAUGGAUGCUCAGCUACACACAGAUGAUAAAUAUACAUAAAAGAUGGAGAUACAAUAUGUGUAGUAGCAUAGUAUUCUAUAGAGUGUAGACAUAAAUAUAUACAAGAAAAAGUAGACCAUUGCUGUUGGAAUGUCCAUUUCUUGUGUCUAUAAAUAUAUAUCUUCUCCCCUCCCCAACUGACUUCCAUUUUCUGCAACCCUCCAGUUCCCACCAGCAUACAGCUAGCCAGCAACAAUUACCACAAAGGUUAAUUACUAUAUGAUUUUAAUUAUAUAAUAAUAUUCACAUACUUAUAUUUACACAACACAUCUAUUUAUGCUUAGCCAGCAACAUUGUGUUUUACUUAUUUCAGCUUUGAUAGAUAUUUGUAAGCUAAGUUAUGAUAAGGUAAGGAAUAACAAAAAAGUAUAUAUGUAAUUUAAGUAAGUGGUGAAGAGAUCAAUGGAUUUUGGGAAUCAAGAAUUGGAUGAAGAGUUGUCACAGCAGAGGAAAUCACCCGCAAACCUAACAACAACAGCAAGAGGAAAGAUUGAAAUAAAGAGGAUCGAGAACACGACGAACCGACAAGUCACCUUCUGCAAACGCCGUAACGGAUUGCUCAAGAAAGCUUAUGAGUUAUCUGUGCUUUGUGAUGCUGAAGUCGCUCUUAUCGUCUUCUCCACCCGAGGCCGUCUUUACGAAUAUGCAAAUAACAGGUUUAAUUUCUUGUUCAUAAUUUUUUAUAUGAGUUAUACUUUGCUUCUGGCUUCUUCAUCUUUCAAGUUCUUGAUUAAAUAAAUAACAAAUAAAUAAACAAACAUAUUCUUGAGUCUGUUUUUAACUGAUUUAGCGUUUUUCAUACUUCGUGUGAUCAGUGUGGGAUGACUCAACACUUGCAACGCAUUAAAAGGAUAAAAAGUAAAAAAGUAAAAGAACUCCCAUAUCUUCCAUUUUUAUGUAUGAUUGUGAACUUUAUCUUUCCAUUUAAUUCUUUUCCAUUUUCUUGAUCCUUCUGUUUGCUUACAAUUCUAUGUCUUAAGGCUGCAGUGUCAUAGGUUUGGCUUUCAUUUGUUGUUGUUAUUGCUUGUCUUCUUCCUUGGGCAACAUGUCAGCUGAGCCUACCAUGGAGGAGAUUAGGGUUAGUUCAAGUACUAGAAAAGGGUGUGGUUGAGAACUUUUCAACACAACUGCCCACUUUCAAACCUGUCAGAAAGCUAAAUUAGGGUUCUUUGUAUUAAUAACAUUUGUUAGGAAGUUGCCCAUUUUUGUUUUCAUCUUUUUUUACAAUUUUACCCCUAGAAUUCAAUUUUGUCAUUGCUAACACAUCAGAAUCUUGAGCUUCAAUCUAGUGAACAUAUAUGAGAUGCAUUCCCGAUUAGAGAGCCCUUCCUUUUAAUACCCUUCAAUUCGUUGGGUUCUGAAAUUUUUCCUUUGCUCAUUUCUCUCGACGAAUGAGUUUCUAUUGUCUGUUUGAUUGAGAACAAAGAGAAACGGAUCCGGUCAAACAAAAUUAUCAUCACAAAAUCUGCGAAACAAUUAUUCGAGGAAAAAAUGAAUGAAUUGAAGCUAGGGACAGUUUUAGAAUAUUCA